AUGAGACGGCUAUGGAUUUUCAAGUCUCACGUGGACGAGCAGGAGAUGACCAACCAGUCUCUACAAGAAGCUGCAGUCUCUGAAAAUAAACACACCAUGUAGACCAUGUCGUCGCUUCGUAUUAGCUACAUACAGGUGAUAACAGCAGUCAGGCGAUACAUCAACGAACUGGAUAACCACAUUUUGGUGCGGGAUUCCAAGGGCAUCACGGAGGAGCAGCUAUCGGAAUUCUGGACCUCAUUCUCAUAUAGUUUACAGAGGUUUAUAAGCCGUUUGAAGUCGUUUCGGUUACAGAAUGGUUCAGGCAAGCUGGAUCUGCCAGAGUUCAAGCAGUGCCUGGUUUCCUUAGGCCUUGUCAUGGACGUUGAAGACACCCAAGAUGAAGAGGUUUGUCUCAUCAUGAAGAUAGUUGACCCCAAUAAAAUUGGCACAGGCGAAUCAGUGGACACUGAGGGCUCCUUCAAAGUGCUUGCAGGCAACAAGAACUAAAUCUUGAAAGAGGACCUGAUUCGUCAGCUUCCUCCUGACCGGGCAGAGUACUGCAUUUCAAGAAUGGCACCAUACACAGGACCUGAUGCCGUCCCAGGUGCCCUAGAUUACAUGUCCUUCUCAACAGCCUUGUAUGGGGAGAGUGAUCUGUGAGCAGGAUACCAACUGGGAUGUAGUCCAGCAGUUGAUUAUUAUUGCAUUUUGAAAUUAAUCAAGAAUGAAAGGCGUUGAAUCCACCUGAUAACCAAACGGUAGCCUAUAGUAAAUUUGCUACUAGGCUAACAGUGCUAAUUGGUUUGUAAACAGAAUGUAUGCUUAAUGGUAGUAUCAAGCAAAUCUGGUUUUUUUCUCUCACGCUGAAUCAUGGUUUUUAUGUUUAGGAUUUCAUUGAGCAGUUUUGGUUUAU